AUGGUGUUUCUUAAUGGACAGUAUGAUCAAGGUGAUUGGUGGCAAUCAUUCGCUCUGGCCGCGGUGACUCUCGGGCUUCUUUUUAUCUUCUUGACUAAAGGCCGUUCCGAAGGAAAAGACGGCAAACAGUAUCCUCCCUACGCCCCGGCGGGCUUAUGGGAAACUGCUCUAUCCGUGAGUGGCUCCCAAGCACCCUCCUUCAUGAUACAAAUGGCAAGAGAAUUAAACUGUAGCGUCUUUCGGAUGCGCCUUCCUAUUUUUGGGACUCCCAUGGUCGUGGCAGUCGGAGAGCCACUCCUUACCAAAGCUGUUCUAACUGACUCUGGUAGUAUCAAGCCAGCCGUCAUCUACAAGGCCUUUCACAAUGUUACUAAGGGACCCAACAUCUUUAGUGAGACAAAUCUUGUUUUGUGGAAGCAUGCUCGAAGAGGGGUAUCGCCAGCGUUUUCGACCCAGCAUGUUCAACGCAUGAAUUCCAUUUGCGCUCAACAAACGGAGCGAUGGAUAAAGGAGCGCCUCGUCCCAGCCAUUGAAAAUGAAACAGCCUUUGAUAUUGCACAGGCGAUGCGUGAUCUUACUGUUUCUGUUCUCUGCGAGGCAGCCUUUGAGUAUGACCCAACAGAAGAAGACAUGAGGACGUUUCUGUUCGAAACCGAGACUGCUAUGCGAGAAUUUUCUUUCAAACAGUCUGCCAAUCCAAUGAGACAGUGGUUUGCAUGGGUGCUACCUGAAGUCAGACGAGCACGGUUGGCGACGGAUCGAAUGCAAGCAUUCGGAUUCAAGGUCAUGAAUCACUACCGUAGUCUUAAACACCAUGAAACCGAAGAUACUGUUAUCGGUCGGAUCAUGAAUAACGACAAGUACAAGAACGACGCUGCCAGGGCGGCGGACAUCUUGACACUUUUAGUGGCAGGUCACGACACAACUGGGUACUCACUGGCUUGGAUUCUAUUGAACCUAGCUCAGCACCCACACGAGCAGACAAUUCUUCGAGAAGAGCUUCAAACGAUGCCUAAAGAAGAGCGGGCACAGUGUCAGGCGGUCCGGAAUGUUAUCCAGGAGGGUAUGAGAAUUUCUCCAGUUGCGGCAGUGAGCUCCGUUCGCGAAAUUGCAAAAGACAUUGUUUCCCCUUCGGAUCCUACAAUUAUACUCCCAAAAGGUUCUAUCGUUUUUCUUCCGCAAAUCUUAGCCUGUCGCAACCCUGAUGUCUUCGACGCCCCGGACGAGUUCCUGCCUUCUCGAUGGAACAAUCCCAGCGAGCUACAGCGUACUGCAGUCAUCCCCUUCAUCCUUGGUUCCCGGAACUGCGUCGGUCAGCGUCUCGCUAUUGCAGAAAUCCACUCUGUCAUUGCAAGGUUGUGUACCGAUUUUGAGUUUUUUGUCGAAGAUGAAGGAACCUCUGAAUACUUUUUGACGUACAAGCCUGUUGGAGCUUUGCUAAAGGCCAGGCGUGUACAAAAGUAA